GCUGCAAUACUUGCGAACGACAUUAAACGAGGAAUAGAGAACGAAGCGCAGAACGAGAAAAUUUCAUACAUCCGUGGAAAAAGGGAAAAUUAAACAAUAAGACGUUUUACAAGUAGAUACAAGUAUUAAAAUACUAAAAUCUGAAAUAUUUUUUCAAAUUUAAUUAACAUAAACAAAGUGUUAAGUGGAAGGUGUUACCGAAAAACAGUAAAGGAACCAAGUCGCUCAGUGCACUUAGCUUGUAGCUGCGGCGGCCGAGUGAAAGUGUCGCGGAAAUUCUGGGUCUCGUCUACCCGCACCGCUUUGCGCUGUUUUUUGUGCGCUUUAAGGCGCUCUGGCACUGGACACAAACUUGCAGCGAACGAAUUAGCAAACGGACAAAACGAAAAAUGCAAACGACGAAUGAAGUGCAUACAAAAUAACAGAAAAAGUGUACUGUGAAAAAUACGGAUGGUGGUAAAUACGGAAAUAAAGUACCGCAUACUACCGAGCAAGUUAACCUGCUACUGGCGCGUGCAAUCAUACUCAAAAUAGCAAUAAAAGAAAAAAAAUAUAUAAAAUUUUUAGAGAAAUUAACACAAUUCCUUCGUGUAAAACAUUUGUAUCACAAAAGCAACAGUGAUUAAUACGUAAAGCUACUAAAAAUAUCUAAUUAAAUGCGCCGCCGUCCGUUCCCUUCAUCUCACCGUGGUGAUUGCAAGUGCAAGCGCGAAAGAUCGCCUUCAGUGUAGAUGUCGCAUCUAUUCCAGCGUCAUCGAUUCAAUUAAAAUUAAGUUGUGCUGGUGCAGUUUUAUUUUAACUGCAUUAAAAGCACAUAUCCGGUUUAAGGAUAUCUAAUGGAAGCACGUAAAGCAAAAGAGCUUCGAGUGCGGGUUCGACGCAUCAAAGUAAACUCUUCCACCUGCAGCCCAAACAGUGGCCCUAGCUCUGAUGCACCCGUUACGUCAGACAAAGCUAAAGUUAAUGAAGGGAUGGAAAUGGAGACGCCAUGUACUAGCAAGAGCACAUUGGUAUUCGCUAAUCGGGCAUCACCAUCAUUUUCUGAUGGAGAUGAUUUCGGCACUGUGCAUUUUAAGUUAGCAGCUGCACUAGAGGCUGCAGCUGCACAUUCUGCAGGUGGUGGUGGAGGUGCUCAUCUACUUGAUUGGCAAAGCAUGAAGUCUGCUCUAAUUGGUGAAGCAAAAUCUACAUUAAGAGUACAAAAAUGUAGUGAUAAAAAGUGCGAAGAUGCUGGAACUGACACCCAUGAAUCCGAUGCGGACCAGCAAGAAAAUGCUACAGGGCAGACGCAAUUGGGUGGCAUGUUGUUGAAACCUCGACCUGAUAGUGAUAGCAGCAGUACAAGUUCUAGUGACGAGGACGACGAUGUGCCUGAGAUACUACUGGUUUCACCAGAACCGAAUGCAGAUAGCGCAGACUCGGACCGUUCAAUGCUAUUAUCCAAACUGCCGUUUUCGGAUCCUGGCGUUUCGGUCGUUGAUGAUAAAAAUCCAACGUCAGCAUUAUCCAAAAUACUCUCUUUACCGCCAUUUGAUCCACAUGCACCUCAUCUGCAAGUGCAACUAAUCAUUAAAAACGUCGUCUCCCUCACGCAAUUGAGUCUACGCGAAGACAAUGUAAUUGAAGUAGAUAUUAAGAAAAGCCUUAUAGCAGAGUUGGCAGUAAGCAAAAAGCGUCGUAACCUUAGUCCAUUUAUGGAUGCGUCCAACAUACAUGUCAAACACAGUAACGAUGAAUUCUUUACAUUUUGCUCAUGCAAAAAUUGUUUAAAGUACCGUGAAAUUGUGAUACAUAUUAUGGUGGAACAGUUUAAAACGGCACACAUGGUGGUAAUGUUACUGGAUGUUCUAAUAAAAGCGUACGGACCAAUGCUAAAAAAUCGGACAGCUUACAAUAAGUUUGAAAAACUUUUGGAUGCUAACAAAGAGAUCUAUUGGAUAGCUUGCGGUUUUGUUUAUAACAAAAAGGCUGAACAUAUGGAUUUCAUAUACGAUGACUCCUUAUCAGAUAAUAUGAUAUUUGUGCUUUUUAGUUCCAUACUCAUGGUAAACAACCCACUUUUGUUGUUACAAAUAUUAGCUUUUCAUGUUGAAUGCGUAGUCAAAGCGUACGCGGAAGGUUUUAUAGAAAUUGUUGAGCCAGACAACAAUAAAAUACCUGCUGAGGAAAUGCUAACAUAUAUUUUGGAUGGAUAUGAUGAUUUAUGUCGUAUAUCGGAACAGAUAUCUUGUUAUUUGUUUGCGUUUGAAAAUGAUUUUCUACGCAAAUUCAACCUCACAUGGACUUUACUGUGCCAACGCCUAUAUCAGCUCCACGUUUACUCCAAUCUCACUGAUACUAUGUUGGCUUGUAUUAUCACUUUAAAGGAGGAUGAAUUGACAUCUCGGCAUGCCACCCUUAUUAAGAAGUACAUACAAUUUGAUGAUAAAAUGACAUGCGUUGAAAAACGUUGGGCAGAUGUUUGGAAUGAACUUAACAAAUUCAAUUUAUCUGAAGCGGAGCGCAAACGUCGAAAAUGUCUAUUAAAUGUGCAUCGUAUAUUCGAUACCGUGGUACAAGAUGCAAUUGCAUUUGCCUUACAGGAGUUCGAUGAUGAUAAUGACUUCUAUGACUUCCAAUGUUUGGAGAAUCGACGUCUCGCCUGGCAAAAUAUAAUGGCAUAUACGAAAAUGAAAUGGCCGGACGGAUUUUUUAAACCACCAAAUACCUUGGUGUGCGAUGACAAGUGCAAGAAAUGCAAUGCAUUGUUGGAAUAUCACACAGAGCAUUGCAAAUGUAUUACUUGUUCUAUCGCUGGAGGCCCUUUACCACCUCGACGCAAUUCAGAUCAGACUUGCUACAAAUGUAUGGCACAAUCUCUUAUCGAAAAAGAAGUUAACCUCUAUGAAUCGAAAAUUUUAAACGUUUGCACAAGUGAUGAUUUUCUAUCAUUUGUAAGAAGUAAUAGUAAGCGUAAAAGUACCACACUCGAUGAUUUUGGUGACGAAGCUUGUAGUACAUUGCCCGCCAUCGAAGAGCUAACUGCUGAAGACACUAUCGAAUUGGGUCAAUAUCAUACUGCUUGGGCUGUAUUUCAACAUUUCAAUAAUAGAAAACGUUAUAGAUAUCCAGCUAUAGAUGAAAAAUAUUUUUGUACUGAUUGCACCAGCCCAUCCUGCUUAUUGGCUCGAAAAAUACUCAACAAUGAAGUGGCCCCUACUUUGUCUCAGCACUUGGUGCAAUAUUAUCAACAGCUGUCUAUGAGUAUCGAAGAACUGCGUGCUAUACUGCCAAACAUCAUGUUCUAUAAUCGAAAAAUGAUUGCUUUUAACAUAGGUUUCGAUUUGACUGAUGUGCAUGACCUUGUUGUGAAGAUCUAUUGGACAUUUAUAAUAUCACUUUAUGCUAGAUAUUUUGUAGAAUUUGAUCUUAAAUGUCCGCUGAAUUUGUCCUACUUUGAGUUGGCAAAUAAUGAUAUAAGACUUUGUACAGAUAAAAUCGUCGGCAACAAGGACGAUACAAAGUUUGCAAAAUUUUUGGAUAAAAUAAAAAGUUUAUCGCCAUUUAAAAGCCAAGUCGAAUCAGAUUUUGCGUUUACUGUAGAUGUGCACACAGAAGAGAUUCAAAAGAAAUUGGAUGAACUUCUGAAUUUCGAGGAUAGUCAAAGCACUCCGGUCUUGCAUGACCAAAUCCCACCGCCUGUUACCAAUAUAGAACCAGCGACUGUUACUGAUGAUCACUCGAAAAAGAAUUGCAAAGAGAAACUAAAGAAAUGUUGCUUCGAUCAUUCAGAUUUGGGUGAUCACUGUAAAGAGAAUCAUUCCAGCAAAAAACGUAUUAAAAAGGAGUGCAAUCAUGCCCGAAUGAACGAAACACGCGAUAGAUUGCGUAAAAAGUUGUCGCAGUUGGUAAAUGCUCGCAAAAAUAUGAAGGCAGCGGCGGCAGCUGCAGGAGCGACCCCAAGUGAUCAACAACAGCCAGAACAACUUCAUCCGCAAGUAGCGCCAAUGACUUUGACGAACACCAAACAGCCACCGUCUUUAAAAGCAGUAGCUAAAGCAGCUGCUGCAGCUACCGCUGCUAAUUCCAAAGCGCACUGUUCUACAAGCAACAAAUUAGAGGAUGACGACGAUAGCUUAGUGUGCCUAAGCUCACUAUGUAAACGUAUUAGUCAUUUGCAUAUGAAUGCAACAUCCACAGGUGGACCAUCCAAUUCACAGCCAAUAACGACAACUCAAAAUGGAGUUGGCAAAAAAGCACCAUCUUCAGCCGCAGCGGCGGCAGCAGCAAUAUUGGCCGGCACUCCGCCCACCAAGAAACUAACAAAUUCCAAUGCAAAUGCUGCGGCAUGGGAGGCAGCCACUCGCGAAGCGGCCAGCAGCCGAGGAACAAAUGGAAAAGGUGUUUCUGGCGGCAGUGAUAAAGGUGCGGACUCACGUGAUUUGAGUGUGUUUAGUGUUUACUUGAAUGGUUAUUCUAAAGAGUUCCUAGAUCAUUAUUCACGGGAUCGUGAAAAAGUGAAAAAAUGGAUAAACGAAACUCUGAGCUACAUCGAAGGUGGCAUAGAUGGCAUUAAUGGUAAUGGCAAAAAAUCGCAACCACAAACUACCAACCCGAAGAAAGCAGCUAAAAAGGCAAAACAAAAGCAGCGCAAAGAAGAAGAAAAACGUAUUCUAGAACUACAGGAUUUGCGUGGACAGUUUCAGGAUAUUUACUUUAAGGAAUUCACUGAUAAACAUAAACUAAAGUUGCUAAAGAGUAGUAAGAAACGUGACAAGAGGCAAAUUGGUGAGAUUGAAACAAACAUCAAAAAGUUGCAACGCGCUAAAGGAAAAGUGGAGACUGUGAUAUUGGAAUUGAUUGCCACUGUUAAGCAGACAAACGCUGAAUUUAAAUUUUCUUAUUUGCCCACAAAAGAACAGCAAAUAGAAAAGUUAAAAGUGAUUGAAGACAACGCUACUCGUUGCACAAACGGCAAUACAAACCCAACAGUGCCAUCCACAUCUCCGAAUGUUAUUGAUGGCAUAAAUAACCUGAAUGCCGCUUCUGGCAUUAUGUCGGGUAGCAGUAGUUAUGUGCUGCCAUCGGCGUACACUCAUUCGAAUGUAUCCGGACCAUCAUUUUCACCUUAUCAAAUCGACUUCCAGUCAUCACAGGCUAGCAGUUUAAAUGCUGUCGGUGCCGGCGCUGGCUAUGGUAUGAUACGUGCGCCCUUGCCUACACCGAUGUGCUACGCGCCGCCGCCACAUCAAACUCUCUCGCCGGAUGUUGUUGCUGCAAUGGCAGCGAAUGCCGCUUGUAAUUCGAAUGCUGACCCUUCCAAACGCAUUGUCACUAUACGACGCGUUAACUUGCCAAAUGUGCCAGAACCACGUGUCACGGUCACAGCUAAGGGUAGCUCUCCUGAUAAGGAUAAGUUGCUCUACACAUUUGUGAAUGGACAACUUGUGCCGACUACGGUGCCGCCAAUGACACAACUUCCCUUAGAGCAAAUGUCGAAUGUGACAGAGCCUCGAGUUACCGUUAGUGCCAAGGCCAAUACUGCGGACAAAGAUAAGUUGCUGUACACCUUUGUCAAUGGGCAAUUGGUACCGACUGCUGCCCCGCCAAUGACACAAUUGCCAUUACAGCAAAUACCUUUGCCACUGCCAAUGCAGGCACCAACGCCGCCGCCACCCGUUAUAGCUAGUAAUACCCCAGCGGAACAAUUAACACUGUCAAUACCACCACCACCCUUGACAAAAACCCAAUUGAAGAAAGAACGACGUCGCGCAGCGAAACUAGCGGCAGAAGAGGCAGCGGCUAAAGCUGCAGCUGAUGCUGAGGAAGAGCGACUGCGAUUAGAACAAGAGCAAGCUAACCAACAAAAAACGGAAAAACGGCGGAGUGAUACCGCUGCUACCAAAUUGAAAUCAAAGAAAAAAUCCGGCAAGAAUGGAGUUAUGCAGUCGGCGUCAACGACAUCCGUCUCCACGGCAGAAGCAAAUGAAGGAGCGUUGAAAACAGGGAAAAAUCAACGUUCAGCUUCCACAACCACAUCCUGCUCUGCAGGUACAUCGUUAUCUGCUACGCCAGUCAACAGCCGAAUGAACACGAGAGAGAAUUCGUUGAGUAAUCAGAAGCCAAUCAUCUGUGGUGAUAGCUUGAAGAUUGCGAAUACGACGAGAAAGUCUGUAACUUCUAAACAGAAAACAUCAUCUCAAUGCCAAAAGGCGACAACGUCACAAAAGCAGAGGGAAGUGGCUAAACAAAAGCCGCAGAACGAAGGACAACCACACUCGAACAAAGGCAAUGGUGGCAAUAAAAAAGUGGACGAACCUGACAAUAUAGAGAAAGCAAAAACUCCGUCUUCGGUGCCCACAGAAACUGUUGAGGAAUCCAAGCAAAAAGAACGAAAGAAACGCAAUAAAGAGCGUAUCCAUCGACCGCGUUUCAUAGACAACGGUCAAUUCGAUAACAACCCUUUCGCUACUUUGCAUACCCAAGAUUCCGACUCAGAGUGGGAUUCAACUUCAUUGAGCUUCGAUGAAGAUGAUAUUGAAACAGAUUCGGAUAACGAUCAAAAGCAGAACCAAGUUACUGUGGCACAGCAAAAUACGACGCCAGCUAAUCAACUUUCCAUUAAAGCUAAGUUGUCUACGAAAACCACGACGACGCCAAGGGUAGCUACGGACACCACAUUGGGAGCAAUGGGCUCUUUAUCUACAUCCGCUACGAAGACAAAAGCAAAAAUCGUCGAAGACAAGAUGAAAGUAGAAGCAAACGUUAAUCAACACAAUACAAGGACUCAGAACAAGAGAGGUCAGCAGGAGCAGCGAAAGGAGGAGGUUGCUAAUAAAAGGCAAGAACAGCAAUCCACGCCUUCACCACAGCAACAACAACAGUCGUCACAACCAAAACAACGCUCAUCAACGCAAACUCAGCGCAGAGGUGAUAAAGACAGGGAAAGAGAUCGGGAUAGAGACAUAGGAAUCACUAAGGGAAAGGGUAAAGGCAAGGAAAAUGAACAAGCGUCACAGAGUAUUAAGUCUGGAGCUGUUGAAGCCGCUAGAUCAAUGUCGAUUGUUGGAGCAGGAGGAACGCAACAAAGAGAACCGGCCUCGAAGACAAGUCGUCAGUCGUCAAGACAGCAAAAGUUGUCUGAAAACGGGUCCCAAAAGGCAUUGCAAGGUCAACAACAAGGACAGACACAUGAUCAACCACGUAGCAGAGGUGGGCGAGGCGGUAGAGGUGGAGCUGGAGCUGGAGGUGGCGGUAAUGGUAACGGUAACGGUAACGGUCGGUGCAGCGCUGACAGCGGGGGUGUAAGUGGAGUAAGCGAUACACGUUCUAAACGUAGUGGACGUUACGAACGUGGUGGCCGUGGAACAGGUGGUGGUGGAGCUAACAGUAAUCAAAAUGCCAACCGACAUUCUGCGGAACCCAAUCAGCAAGCCCAAAAUGUUGGCGCUGAGACAAAACCACUAUCGAAGCGGGCUCAAAGACAAGCGCAACGCAAUAAGAAGUUCCAAAAGCAACAGCAUCUACACCUCAACUAUGAAGACUGCGGCGCUGGCAUACCGAACAAUAUGGGCUACUUCAAUCCAGACGAAGUUGUGAUUCCCCCUGAACCACAGCCAACAUUACAGCAACAACAGUACAAUAGUUUGCCACAGCAACUGCAAGCGCUACAUAUCGGUGGUAAUGUAAGUGUGAAAGUAAACGGACAACCACCUAUGCAUCCCAGUUACGCCAGUGUAAGCAAUGGAAAUGGCAACGGCGGCUAUCAAGGCGUUGUGCCUGCCCUCAGCAUUAUGGAUCAAUUGAAUCGUGGUGUACAAGUUGAAAAUCUUUCCCUACCGCCUGGCAUCACACUUACCAAGGUGGAUCCUAUAAAGAGUGAACAGCUGCGUCAAAAAUCCGAAUCAAUACGAAAGCUAUCGAAGCCUUUGCAACAGCAAAAUCAGCCGCAAGCAUUCCAUCAUAAGGCUGGUGCUACAAUAAUUGCACCACCCGUAGCUCCAGCAGCUAAUUACUUCGGUGCUGCACCAUACGCUGGCGUAGCUGCAGCAGCUGCUGCAUUGGAGCAAAGUGGCAUCAUAAUGGUAGAGGCAAAUCCAAAUAGUAGCGGUAACAAAAAAGAACAGAAAAAGAUUGUAGCAGAAAGUGGUGCCCCACAAUCUGGUGGCAAGCCUUCAAAGAGCAAGAAGCGUCGUAAUAAAUCGAAACAAGAAAGUAAUGCACGUGCCGCUGCAGCCGCCGCAGCUGCUGCAAACAGGCAAAUGGGUGAUAAUGUUAGUGAUCACAGUGCAAACGGCCAGCCUAAGAUGAUAACAUUGCGAAAUCCAAUGUUCCAUGGAGGAGCUGCUAGCGCUGCAGCAACGAUACUACAACAAACUCCAGGACUAGCGCAAGGUCGCCCAAUAGGUGGUUUACCGCUUGCCUCGCUGCCAAUGGACCAACCAGCUGCCAUAAUUAAGAACGAAAAUGGCAUGUUCACAAUACGCAAUCCUGCUCUUCAUCAAGCAGUAACAAAAGGUUUAGGCUUAGGACAAGCACCAUAUCGCCAAUUCUAUUAUACGCCACAAGAAGCCGCGGCCGAAGCAGUUAGAGCUACACAACAGCAACAACUAAAUACUACCAACCAAAUCUUAUCAACAAACAAUAAUAAUAGUGAUGGCAGUAGCGUCUCCUCAACUUCGGCCUUCUCAUAUUUCUCGAAUGCAAGCAACGGCAAUACAGCAGCCGCUUCAUCUUCCUCAUCCGCCGCCAGUGUCGGCGCCAACACUAUUGGCAAUAUACAUAACACCAUCAGUAUUAGUUGUACAAGCAUUGAUGAACAUGGUGUUAGCAUACCGUUAACCGGUAAUGGUGGCGGCGGUUUGAAAGGUGAUGCAGCGAUAAUUGCUCGACCAUCACCACAACCAAAAUGUAUCUCAGCUAUUGGUAGUGAAAUAAAGAACGCACAACAGCAGAAACAGAAAAACAAAGAAGGUACACCGCAAUGGACUGCAUAUGGCGGGCAAGAGCUGCAAGGGGCUGGAGUGUCCGGAGUGUCUGGAGCAGACAAUUUAGCAGCAGCGGCAGCAGUUUACCUCGGCGGUGCUGCGACUAGUUGUUUAACAAAUACUGGUAAUAAUGUUGUUGGUGUGGGAACGACUGGCUGUUUAACUGCUGCUUCCUUACAAGAUAAAUAUCAACAGUCCAGUUAUUACAACGGUUUUGUGGAUGUAUUCCCACCAGGCGCUGCUCAAAGCAAUAGCAGUCAACUGUCAACGCCUGGUGCGCAUUCGAGUAAUACUGGUUCUCUUUUUGACGGUGGGCCCGAUUGCCACUUACAUCAUCAUAAUUGUGGCGAAGAUUCGCCUCCACCUACAAUAACCGGAUACAAUUCAUAUCUGGAUGGUAUAACAAAUACCGGGGUUAUACGUUACGAUGAUGCUUCGUUUUUGAAGAAUUUAAUACCUGGACAAAAUCUCAGCAAUGAGGUGUCCAUUCACAACAUAAACGACUCGAAUUUUACACGAAGUACGACAUCACCGGUGCCACAUCGUGUAGAAAUAACGCCGGUCUAUCGCAGUAGGCCGACAUCAACGACUACGAAUAUAUACGAACAUUGUUCAACAUCAGCAUCACUGACAACACAGGGCACACUGAACGAGCAGCAGACAAAAUAUCAUCCAAAUAUUGUACCCAAUUAUAAUGAAACUUUAACUGAUUUCGGCAAUGAUGCCGCCAAUAUGUUUGCAGCGAACAAUCUUGUUAAUCUGAAUGAACUUGACGCGGGCAGUGCUGGGACCGAGUCUGAUGUUGAAUCUUAUCAGCGUUUCAAUUAUGAAUAUGAGAAUCAUCAACAACAACAACAGCAGCAGCAGCAACAGCAACAACAAAACGCAAUACUCGACUUGAAUGAAUUGUUAAUCAAGAAGAAUUCUCACAGUCCACACACGCAAUGUGCAUCACCAUAUCUAGAUGAAGCAGCUAUGGACACUUUUGUGCAAAAUAUCAGCACUUUACAGAUAUCAGCAUCGCCAGAUCAACAAUGUGGUGGUCAUCUGAAUGGGAAUGGUAACGGUGGUAAUGGCGGUAAUGCCACUGGUGCUGGCGGUGUUACGAAUAACACUGCAACAACAACCACUGCCAAUGGCUGGUGGUAAAAUGGUGGUGGUGGUGGUGUUGUUGAAUGAAUAAAGAAAGGAGAAAAGCGCCGUCUAUUCUAACAAAACUGCACACAAGCAAGCAUAUUGCAAUACAUACUCUAAAAUAUACUUACAUACCAUACAUAUGAAUAUAAAAUAUAUACACAUAUAUACAUAACUAUGUACAUGACUACUUAAUGUUCAUGUUAACUCUCUACCAUUAAAGUCUUAAAUUGUCAAUUUAAGUGAAACGUCAUGAUAACGGAAAGAAUUUUUCUGCACCAGUAUGCACUGUGGGGUGCAGUGACAAUUCCUUGUCAUUCAUAGAAUGUCGUGCAAUUGUUCUUUUUUUUCGCAAUUGCAAUUUAUAAAUAAUGAAAAAUAAAAACCCAAUAAAAAACUAAAAUAAAUAUUCCAAUAUGAAAAACAAAACAAAAAGAAACAGAAAUUUUGCCACAUUUGAAAAUACAUAUGGAAAAUAUGCAUAAACCAAAACGUUGCAUCAUUUAUGUAUGCUUACACUUGUGUACAUACCUAAAAUAAUGUUAAAACUAACAGUAAAAUGCGAAUACCUAAAUAUAGACAUUGAAGAAAUACAUAAGAAAAAAGUUUUAAAUACUUAGAUUCC